AUGGAAAUUAGUGCCCAAGACACUGAGAUUGUGGGAGCUAGUUCUAUGGGCGAUCGCACCUUGACUGGUGACUACCACCCAGAGGCUGUCAAAUCUAACCCUGGUCUUAUUUUUGAUCGACCCGAGAAAGUGCAACUUGGAGCUGCGGAGAAGAUAGAUCGACGGGCGCUAGCUGGGACAGAGAAGACAAUAGGUGCAGACCAUAGCUUUGAUUUCGCGAUUGUUAACUAUUUGGUGUUCUCUAUGAAGAUUAAGGCAAGCUUGACAAAGCAGAGGAGAGUGUAUCGGCGAGGGCUGUCCGGAAAGGAGAAAGCGUUAGGAGUGGAUUAUGUAUCUACUUUUGAUAUUGUCAGCAAUCUCGGAAUCAUCUAUUUUCAUAACCAAGUUCCCCUUGACGAGGCGGAGGAGAUGUUUCGACGGGCGCUGUUUGGAAAGGAGAAGUAG